AUGGCAUUAUCUGAGCGAUCGCCAAGAUUAGCUAUAAUAAUUAAAGUUAAACCUGAAAAUACAACCAAUAAAAAAAUAUUGAUCAAUUGUCUUAUUGAUGCCCGGUGGGACAAGUUAGAGUGCCUUUUUCGUUUUGGCACUUACUUCUACGGUUUCGUGCUUUGUGUGUAUCCUAAAGGAGAGGAGCCACGUCGCGUUACUCUUUUCUUGCGAGGAUCCCCUACUUUGGCCUCUCAAGGCGUGAUCACGCGCCCACGGCUUCACCGGCAGUUCUCGCCAAUCGGUAAUGCUUGUGCAGCGGCUGUUGCAUAUAAAAUAUUUAAAGGAUUAUUCGCAUCGAAAUUUCGAAGUUGUAUCCAAAUUCGCCGAUCACAUGCCAAAGUGAUCGAUAAUGAGGCGUUGAUUGAACCAAUUAUUGAACCCCUCCGCAUGUUUACAUUCGGCCAUGAAUCGGCCCAUUGGGCUCCGUCUCUGCCUCUCGAUAUUCACCCAGUUCAGUUCAGGAAAAUGAACAGGCCCCAGAAAGUUCUGUUAAGUUCUACCUCUUUGCUCCCUUUCAUCCCUUCCACCGCCUGA